UAUAUUGAAGUAAAUAUGAGAUCGUCUUCAAUGUAUUGAUUUAAAAACAAUAACAAAAAAAAAGGUUAAGAGAAUAAAAAAUGUUAAGAAGAGCUGCGAGCAAUGCGUAUUCAUGGUGGUGGGCAAGCCACGUCCGAACCAAACAAUCCAAAUGGCUCGACGAAAACCUCCAAGAUAUUGAGGAGAAGGUGCAAUACGCACUUAAGCUAUUGGAAGACGAAGGUGACUCCUUCGCAAAGCGUGCUGAAAUGUAUUACAAGAGAAGACCCGAACUAAUCAGUUUCGUGGAAGAAUCGUUCAAGGCUUACCGCGCUUUAGCUGAACGCUACGAUCACAUCUCCAAGGAGCUUCAAAACGCAAACACGACCAUCGCAUCCGUUUUCCCCGACCAAGUCCCCGAGUUCGCCAUGAACGAAGACGAUUACUCAGCUGUCUCUCCUAGAAGCCGUAAAACGCAGACAGACGCGAUGUUGUCCUCGAAUAAGAAUGUUCCAAAGGUUCCUAACUUGCCUAUGAAAGACUCUGAGGCAACAAAGAUGUUUAAGUCAAGGCUAGCUAACAACAAAGAACAUGGUGGUGAGUUGUCUGAAGUUGUUGUUAACAAGUCCGGUCUGAGCAAAACCGAGGCGGUCGAAGAGAUUGAUAAGUUGCAGAAAGAGAUUCUUGUUUUGCAAACCGAGAAAGAGUUUGUGAAGAGCUCGUAUGAGAACGCGCUUGCGAAAUAUUGGGAGAUUGAGAAUCGUAUCAUGGAGAUACAAAGGAGGGUUUGUGCUUUGCAAGACGAGUUUGAUGAAGGUGCUGUUGUUAUAGAAGAUAAAGAAGCUCAGGUUCUGAUGUCAAACACAGCUCUCAAAUCAUGCCAAGAGAAGUUGGAUGAGCUGAGAGAGAAACAUGAGGAGAAUGUGAAAGAAACUGAGAUCAUAAGAAAAGAGAUAAGUGAUUCAAAAGAGGAGAUUGAUAAACAUUCUGAUGAUGGAACAAGAACUCAAAGAAGUGGAGAAGUGAAAAAGGAAGAGAAGGAGAAAAAGGUAACUGAACAUGAGGUGGUGGUGGUGGAUGGUUCAUGCCUUACCAUAACAGAUGUUGCUGAUAAUAUAGAUGAGCUUGUGAAUGAUGUGAUGAAUCUGGAGAGCUUGUUCUCAUCUCAAGCAGCUUUGAUACAAAGGCUAAGAGAAGAGAUUGAUGAUCUCAAGGCACAGAUUGAAGCCCUUAAAGAGAAUAAUAACUCAUCUCAAAGUGAUGCUGACAUGAGGAAGAGGCUGAGAGAGAUGGAGGAAAAGCUGAAUGGUAUUAAUGGUAUAGACAAGGCGGUCGAGGAACAGAGUCAGAACAUUGAAAUACACCUUACAAGAGCACAUAUUAAACUAACUUUCUUGUCUAACAAGUUAAAGGGCUUAAACCAAGAAGGAGAAGAAGAAGAAUCAAAGGAUACUAAUGUGCCAAUCCCAAGUGCAACAUCUUUGAAUGAUACAAAGGAAAACAUUGAUGAUUCAGUUGUGUCUGAAGAUGUUGAACCAGCAUCUGAUGUGGUUAUUGCUGAAAAAGAAAAUACAGAAAAUGAAGUUUUAUUAUUGUCACCAAAGUCAGGCAUUGAAACUGAAGAUGAAGUGUUUCUUCAGAAGCUUCUUGCACAUGGGAUUGAAGGAAGAGAGAAACAUCUCUUAACAGAAUACACAAAGGUACUUAGAAACUACAAGGAAGUGAAAAAGAUGUUAGAAGAAACAGAAACAAGACUCAAGAGCGAAAACACCUUGAAAGACGAACAAGUCAGAGUCUUAAACCAUAAACUCAACCUCCUCCUUCAAGGUAAAAAUGAUGGUGAUGGUCUUCAAAAGUCUAUAGCCAAGGAACAACAACAGAAAGAGCAAUUGUUCAUGCUGAUUUACAAAGAAGAUAAUGCGAUAAACGCUAUAGCUGGACAAAACCAUAUGUUGUUGUCACCAAAAGAACAGCUGUUUGGAGCAAGAGUUGAUGCAUUGCUAAGCGAGAACUUGAACUUGCUGGUGAGGUUUAGCAACUCGUUUGGACAGAUACAACAGUUUGAUACUGGGAUCAAGGACCUACAAGUUGAGUUAAUGAAAAUCAUAGACCAAAAGAAUCAAGAUAAGCCUUCUAUAAGAUCAAACGUUCGUCCCAUAUACAAACACCUCAACGAGAUACGCACUGAGCUAACCAUCUGGCUAGAGAAAAGCUUGCUGCUCAAGGAAGAGAUCAACUCGAGAGCUUCAACUCUAAACAACAUACAAAACGAAAUAACAGAAGCUCUCAAAACAGAUUCUGAAGAUCCGGAAACGAAGUUUACGAUCUACCAAGGAGCUAAGUUCGAAGGCGAGGUUUCGAACAUGCAAAAGGAGAACAACAGGAUCGCAGAAGAGCUUCAAACGGGUUUGGAUCAAGUUGAGAAACUGCAGCGAGAAGCUGAUAAGACGCUUGGGAAACUGAGCGAGGAGUUUUCGCUUUCUGAGUCAAAGAACCGUUCCAGUACAAGGUCUACGCAAGAUAGCAAAACUAGUAUUCCUCUGAGGUCGUUUAUCUUUGAUGUUAAACCAAAGAAGCAAAGACUAUCCUUAUUCUCUUGUAUCCAACCUUCCAUGUCUAAGAAGAUGAGGCCUGAUUCAUAGGUAACUUGAACGUCCUUUUCAUGUACUUCUACUACUACAUCAAUUAUGUUUAUUAUGGAUUUAAAUCUUUCCUUGCAUGGGACUCUU